AGGGAGGGGGCAGGACGCGAGGUAUCAUGGAGGAUCAGUGAGCAAACUGCAGCCAUCAGAGACAAGCGAGCGACGUUCUUGUCCCGGGGACUUUCUUCACACUUUGCGCGCCCGACUGCUCCCUCGUCGCCGCAGACUUAAUUUUUCACCAUGGACAUGAAGAAGAGGAUCAUAUUGGAGCUGCGGAACCGAGACCCGGCUGAGGUGGCGGAGAUGGUGGUGGACAACAGUCGCUCACUGAGCGGUGAAGUGGAAGGCCUCUCCGACAAGUUUGUGGAACUGGAGGUCCUCAGCAUGAUCAACGUGGGUCUGAACUCACUGGCCAAGCUGCCCUCGCUGCCCAAACUACGCAAGCUGGAGCUGAGCGAAAACUACCUGUCAGGAUCUUUCGAGACCUUGUCGGAAAAAUGUCCCAACCUCAUCUACCUCAACCUGAGCAGCAACAAGAUUAAGGAGCUCAGCAAUGUGGAGGCGCUGCAAAACUUGAAGAGCCUUCAGAGUCUGGAUCUGCUGAACUGCGAGAUCACGUCGUUGGAGGACUACCGCGACAGCGUCUUCGAGCUUCUCCCUCAGGUCACCUACCUGGACGGCUUCGAUCAGGAAGAGAACGAGGCGCCCGACUCUGAGGCCGACGACGAAGGUGAGCAUGCCUUACGGCCGCGUCCAUCGACCACGCUUAUAGACCGUGUGGCCGUUUUCGCAGAUGAGGACGGCGAGGAUGGGGCGGGCCCCACGGCCGACUACGACGACGAGGACGAUGAAGAUGACGACGAAGAUGGCGAGGAGGGAGGAGAGGUGGGGCUGAGCGUUGGCGGGAAGAGGGCCACGCAGCAGGACGAGGACGACGAAGACGACGAGGACGAUUACGGUGAGGAGGAAGAGGAGGAAGACGAGCGAGCGGACGUUCAGGGACAGAAGAGGAAGCGAGACGCGGACGACGACGGCGAGGACGACGAGGAUGAGGACGACUAGUCUUGCGAGCGUGCGUUUGUGUGUGUGUGUGCGUGUUCCGUCGUCCCUUCUGGCCCCGCCUCUCUGACCCCGCCCCUUCCAAUAGGGUUGCAACGGGGUGAAAAUUAAGAUGGGAAAAUAGUCUGCAUCGGACAAUUUUUUAAUGGGAGUUAAACAAGGAAUUCAAAUAUUUUUUCAAGUUGGCAUCCCAAACCUCCGUUAUGAGCUGAAAACUCGCUUUUGCUGCUCAGGCCAGAAGGAAUAAAAAGCUUUAGUUGCAGACGAAAUUGAAGAAAGGCUAAAAAUCGCCUGACCAUUUUAAAAACCAUUUUAGCGUCCCCUGCUGGUUGUUGGUUGAGUGGGAGUUGCUUACCUGCCUGAAUUUGGCUUGUUUUUGUUCAAAUAUUGAAAGUUUAGGUCUUAACUAUUUUGGAGUGAAAACGAAGGAAAUUUUUAGUAGCUCCUUCAAAAACAAACCAAAAAAACCCACAAUUUUCCAAAAAUCACAUUCUUACUAGAUGAGUAUUUUCAUUUCAAAAUUACAACUACCCCAGAAAAAAAUCCUCAAUUUGGUACAAAACUUCCAAAAAGUUAUUUUCAAGGUACCGUAUUUUUUCGAACUAUAAGGCACAUUAGCAUACAAGACGCCCUUACGCUUGUUUUAAAACUCUUUAUAAAUAUAAGGUGCACCACAUUAUAAGACACCGUAAUGGUAGUAGUGGUCGGGGGUGCUUUAUGCAUCCACCAGCUGGAGCUUCGCUCAGGGAAUAUCGUGCCAUGAUUAAUCAAUAUUGAUCCAUGUAUAAGGCGCAUCCAAGGCGCGCUUUCUGCUUGAUAAAAUGGAAGCCUUUUAGGUGCGCCUUAUGGUUCAGAGAAUACGGUACCUUUUGAAAUGGUUUACAAAUACAGGUAGUUCCCGGGUUACGACGUACUCGACUUAGGUGAUUUUGACUUUACGACGUCAGAGUCUCGUCUGCCAUUUUGUAUAAACCGUACCUUAUUGUACCUCACAGUAUCUUAUUUUUUACUUUAUUAAUAUGACGUGUUUUGUCCUCUCUAAACGUAAAGUUGUUCAGCUUUACGGACUGCGAACAAUUGUGCUUUUUGGAGCUUUUUACUUCCUUCACUUUUGACAAUUUGUAAAGGUGUAACACACAUGUACACUUAUGUUCAAAACGUCAUUUUUAAAAUAAAACACUUGACACAAAACAAGUGGCGUUCAAAGGUCCAUGUAGUCUGAUCAAUAUGUAAAUUCAGCACAUUAAAUUAGCCUAAUUUGUCUAACAAAAGUCCACUAGCUUAAAUACUAUGAAUGCUAACAUAUGAACAAUUCUCAUAGCAAAUCACUCGCACAUACAUACUGUAACUCCACAAACUGUAGCUCUAAACUUAACACAAACAUUAGCUGAAACAACUUACAGCCUGAUGUAGGCCAAACCAGAGCGCAGCUAUCCUUUUUCCAUGUCAGACGUCUGAGUCUGCCAAGUCCUACAAGGCCACAGUCCAGCCAGACCCAACACUACCACCAGAGGGCAGUGUAUCUUUCAUCAUUAACCAAAAUAACAUAACAAAAUAACAAAUACAAAUACUAAAACAAUACUUUGGUUUUUCUGAAUAGUUAUUAGGGGUACUUCAAGAGUUAAUUCCGACUUACGCGGAAAUUAAGGUUACGCUGCCAGCGUAGGAACGGAACUCGUUCAUAACCAGCUGACUACCUGUAAUCCACUCCCAAGUUUAGAUAUAUUUAAAAAAUCAAUACGGUAAUCUGACAUGUUUUAAAAUAAUGUGUACAUUCUUCGAAUCGCUAAUUGCGAUGUUUUCACUCCCAAGUUGCGCAAUUUCUAAAAAAUGAAAAUCUUCCAAUGUUGAAUAGAAUCCAGGUAAGCUCCUCAACUCACUCAUUAAAUAGCUAUAAACUGAAAAUUGGGCAAUUUCUCAAAUUCCACAAAAUGACCUAGCUUUAAAAUUGAUUUACAAAAGUAAAUAUUACAAUUACCGUGCUUUCAUGACUGUAAAACGCACUGCAUUAAAAAGCGCAGGCUCAUUUUCAGGUGAUAUUUUUGUAUUUAACACGCGCACAAGGUGCACUGCGUUAUUGGGAGCAUGAAAACCAUACGCCAGCAUGCGCGCUAGAUUGCAAGUUAGCGUGCUAACAUUUUUUUUUAAAGGCAGCGGGAGAAAACACGUUCAAUUGUACUCUAUUAAAGAAUUUAACAAAGUACUCACAUCAAUCAUCAUCAAAGUCCUCCUCUCCUGUAUCCAAAUUGAACAGCUAGGCUAUGUCUCCAUUAAACACGGCAGCUCAACGUUUCUUCAGGCAGCGUCUUCCUCUUAAAAAUCUCCAUUGGUGGUAGUUUCUUUUUAUUUGCGUAAGUGAUAGCAUUAAGCUUGAGCGUUGGGCUUUGUAAGCGUGUCUCUCUGCAGUAGAUGCCAUUUUCGAGGGUCCCUCGCCAAACCAACGUUGUUUUGCCUAACGCACAUGAACGUUACAGCUACUAUGGGUACGCCCCCUACCACAUGCAACCUUCUCCCUUUAAGGUUCUCAUGAGGCUGUCACUUUUCAAAAAUUGCUCAGUCAGACACAUUUUGCUACUCAGUCCGCAUAAUAGGCGCACCAUCCGUUUUGGAGAAUAUUUUUGACAUAGGUGCGCCUUGUGGUCGUGAAAAUACGGUACUUAAAUCUUACAAUUACCACCUUACAAAAUGGUCAUGAAAGCUUUUAACAAUUUGACAAUUUUCUUAAAAACAUUUCCAGAAUCCUAAGAAUGUUUUACCAACAGAAUGACCAUUGACAUCUAUGAAGCUCCUCAACUCACCCUGACCGAAUGCCCAUUUACUUGAAUUGAUCACAAGAGCAGCUAAUAGUUUUUCAGCAAAUAACUGAGGAUUGGACUAAAAAAAAAGGAGGAUAGAAUAUCUGGAUUCCUUUUGGAAAGCCAACUUUGAAAUCUUCCGGUUGGCAAUUUUGCAACCCGCCUUCCGAAUCCACUGACGUUGCUCAAGAUGGCGGCCCUUCCGGACUUUUCUCCAAGUGGUCCGAGCCAGUGGGAUUCCCUGGCCAUCUUUUAAAGGACAUCUUUUAACCAACCAACCAACAGACAGACAAAGGAGUGCAAAAAGUUGGCUUUUUUCCCCCCUCUUUUCACCACAAACCAAAGUCGGCGUAUGUGAGAGCGCCCCCUGCAGGACUCCUCGUGUUUGUGGAUCUUCCAUUUUUUUGCCCCGAUGGUCACGUGACUCUCCAGGCCCACCUAUAUUUUUAGAACGAAGCUCCCUUUUUAUUCCCCCGUGUGUUUUAUUGUAGUUUUGUGUUUUUUUACACGCUCGGUGACUUUUUUUUUUCCCUCAAGUGACGCGGUGAAAUAUUCCAAUGAGGUCGCGGCAAAGCAUUAUGGGACAAGGGAAAAAGCCACAUGGAACAUUUGAGCCCGUUUGGAAAAGAAUAAGAAGCAAUAUUUUCCGCCGUUUUUGUUUGACGGGUUGGCUUUUCAUUUGUCGCUCGACGGCAACUUUUCGGUCACUGAUGUCGACGUGCGUUUGUGUGUGUGUGCGCCGCUUUAAUCAUUUAUGACAAAACUAUGGAUAUUUGUGUACAUACGUUUUUAUGCUCUUCAGGUCUGAUAGAAAAUACAAUAAAGUCAUUUAGUUGAAA